GCGCUGCCUGAUGCUGGCAAACGAGGGAAAGGCAGAGUGGAAAGGGAGGAAGGGGGGGGGGAUCCCCUCUUUAAGCCCCUUGAACGCUGCUGGAGGGCGGACGCGCGUAGGGAAGAGGGAGGGGAAGGGAGGAGCACAUCCUAAUGCAGAGAUGCUGCAGUGGCUCAGGGCGCGCACACACAACACGGGCAAGCGGGCAGCAGCGGCGACAGUUGCAACAGCAGGAGGAGGAGGAGGAGGAGGAAGAGGAGGAGGAGAAACAGGGAAAGGCUCACCUGCAAAAGGAAGACCGGCAAGCAGAGCGUGAGGCGUUUGCUGCUGCGCCGGAGCUUCUGAGGCGUUCCUUGCCCCGGCGCGCCACGCACAAACACGUGUCGAGCCAGCCACUCUGUGCCCGAGACUCUGUUCUUCUGUUUGCUGAAUUGUCUUUCAUCUACUGAAGUCUACAAAUGGGAAAGUCUGCAGAACUUCUCUUAUUUUCAUUAGUAACUAUCUGUUCUACAGUCUGGAAGUCAGCUGAGACUAUGAUGAGAAACUAUGGGCCUGUCUUCGAAGAGCAGCCACACAAUAUCCUUUUUCCAGAACGGUCAACAGAGGAGCAAAUUUUGUUGGUGUGUCGAGCAAGAGCGAGUCCUCCAGCAAAUUAUAGGUGGAAGAUGAAUGGAACAGAGAUCAAAAUAGAGCCAGAUUCACGAUACAGGUUAAAUGGUGGCAACUUGGUAAUAAGAAAUCCAGUGAAAGCUAAAGAUGCUGGAUCCUACCAGUGCAUAGCAUCCAACACCAUGGGAAAAGUAAUAAGUAGAGAAGCUUAUGUUCACUUCAGCUAUCUGCAGGAAUUCUCUACAGAAGAAAGAGAUCCAGUGAGGGCUACAGAGGGCUGGGGGGUGAUGUUGACCUGCAGCCCACCACCACACUAUCCAGAACUUGAAUAUCGCUGGUUUGUGAAUGAAUUCCCAAACUUCAUUCCAGCAGAUGGUAGGCACUUCGUCUCUCAGACAACUGGAAACCUUUACAUUGCUAAGACUGACUCUUCUGAUCUUGGCAGCUAUUCCUGUUUCGCUACCAGCCAUAUUGGCUCUGUUAAAAGGAAUGUUUUUAGCACAUCUUCUCAACUCAUUCUUGUGAGAGAAGAUUCCAGACCUCAUGCUCCAAUCAUUAAAGCCAAGUUUCCUUCUGAUACCUACGCUUUGACUGGGCAAGUGGUGGCUUUGGAGUGUUUUGCCUUUGGGAACCCUGUCCCUCAAAUAAAAUGGCGAAAGGUGGAUGGUAGCCAGUCUUCCAGAUGGAUCUCAACUGAACCUGUCCUGCAGUUUCAAGAGGCUGGCUUUGACGAUGAAGGCACUUAUGAGUGUGAAGCUGAGAAUAGCCAAGGAAAAGAUACUUUCAAGGGCCGCCUCAUUAUCCAAGCUCAGCCAGAAUGGCUAAAAGUCAUCACAGACAAAGAAGCUGAUAUUGGAUCAAAUAUCCACUGGAGCUGUGCUGCAGCUGGCAAGCCAAGGCCUACAUUAAAGUGGCUACGGAAUGGGCAACCAUUAACUUCCCAGAAUCGUAUUGAAGUGAAUGGUGGGAAUUUAAAGAUAUCAAAGUUAACAGUGGAAGACUCAGGGAUGUACCAGUGUAUAGGAGAGAACAAACAUGGCAAAAUCUAUGCAAGUGCGGAAUUGUAUGUCCAAGCCUUUGCUCCAGAUUUUCGAUUAAACCCUGUCAGACAAUUGAUACCAGCAGCUCGAGGUGGAGAAAUUAUUAUUCACUGUCAGCCCAGAGCUGCCCCAAAGGCUCUAAUACUUUGGACCAAAGGCACUGAACUUCUGAGAAACAGUUCCAGCAUAAUUAUUACUCCAGAUGGCACCUUGAUCAUUCGAAAUAUUAGCAAACCUGAUGAAGGGAAAUACACUUGCUUUGCUGAGAAUUUCAUGGGCAAAGCAAACAGCACAGGAAUUCUGUCAGUCCGUGAUGCUACUAAAAUCACUCUUGCACCAUCCAGUGCUGACAUCAACUUAGGUGAAAAUAUUACCCUCCAAUGCCAUGCCUCCCAUGACCCAACAAUGGACCUCACUUUUACUUGGUCCCUGGAUGAGACUUUAAUUGACUUCGGCAAGUCUGAAGGCCAUUAUAAACGAGCUAGUAGAAAAGAGAAUAUUGGAGAUCUUGUAGUCUUGAAUGCUCAACUGAAACAUGCUGGCCGAUAUACUUGUACUGCCCAGACAGUGGUGGACAGUGCCUCUGAAUCAGCUGUGCUAGUUGUAAGAGGUCCUCCAGGCCCUCCCGGGGGAUUGGUGGUGAGGGAUAUCAAGGACACCACAAUACAGCUAAAUUGGAGUCAAGGUUCUGCUAACCAUAGCCCCAUAGCUAAAUAUGUCAUCCAGGCUCGCACCCCACUCUUUCCACAAUGGAAGCAAAUGCGUACCAAUCCCACAAAUAUCGAAGGCAAUGCGGAAACAGCCCAAGUUGUCAACCUUAUACCAUGGAUGGAUUAUGAAUUCCGUGUCCAGGCUAGCAACAUCCUUGGUAGUGGAGAGCCCAGUGUGCCAUCUAUUAAAAUUCGAACCAAAGAAGCUGCCCCUACUGUUGCACCAUCAGGACUCAGUGGAGGAGGAGGAGCGCCAGGGGAACUCAUUAUCAAUUGGACACCAAUGCAACGAGAAUACCAAAAUGGAGAUGACUUUGGAUAUAGGCUUUAUUUCCGGAAAGAAGGUACCCAGUCCUGGAAGAUUGCAAAUGUGUCUCAUGCAGAAUCUCUACAUUAUGUUUACCGCAAUGAGAGCAUUGCUCCCUAUACACCAUUUGAAGUGAAGAUCAAGGCCUUCAACAGGAAAGGAGAAGGGCCAGAGAGCCUAGUAUCUAUUGUGCAUUCUGCAGAAGAAGAACCAAGAGUGGCUCCCUCUAAUGUUACAGUCAAGGCAGUAAUGGCCACAGAAAUGGAUGUUUCCUGGAAUUCUGUGGAACAUCAUGAUAUGAAUGGAGUCCUCUUGGGUUAUGAGAUCCGAUACUGGAAACAUGGUGACAAAGAAGAAGCUGCUGACAGAGUAAGAACAGCAGGUCUUGUCAACUUGGCACAUGUGACUGAUCUCCAUCCCACCACAAAUUACCAUGUGUCAGUCAGAGCAUACAAUGGGGCAGGAACUGGGCCAGCAAGCUCCCCCACGAGUUUCUGGACAAAAAAGCCACCACCAAAAAUGCUACCUGGCAACAUUACUUGGACAUUUUCCAGCUCCAGCGUAAACAUUAAGUGGGAUCCUGUGAUUUCCAAAGCAGAUGAAUCUGUUGUCACUGGCUACAAGAUGCUGUAUCGUCCUGAUACACACUCAGCUCCUGUUCUAUACAUAGCCAACAAUAAUUGGAUUGAGAUCCCAAUCCGAGAAGAUUCAACUCACGCGUUGGUGCAAAUUAGGACAACAGGCCCAGGUGGAGAUGGUGAUCCAGCAGAUGUACGCAUUCUGAGACACAGUGGCACAAGUAUGAUGGUGGAAAAUUCUUCAGGUCACCGAGUGCUUCAUACAAUGGUUGCCCUAACUCAUGCAUUAAUAAUGCUUGCCCUGAUUGGUUCCUCAGAGCUCUGAUAUUAACCACUAAAAUGGAAAGCUAUUAGAUAAGAUUUUUCGUAAUCUAGCAAAUCCACAGUUCACCAUUUGGACUACAAAUUUCUACCACAACUAUCUAAUUAUAGACAGUACUUAGUGGAAAAGAACUUGAGAAGAAAAUAUACCUUUUUCUUUCUUUUUUAAAGAAUGUAUAACAUUUCAUACAAGACAUGAGUCUUUGAUCAAUCAGAUUUUUUAAAACUGACAAAACAAGAGGUGAUUUCUGGAAACUGGAUGUGUCUUUCAUAUUACUGUAUUCAGUAGAUUUUUCUGCCUUACAAAGCCAUGUGCAAAAGUAAUGACACUUAAAACUUGAUCUUUUUUUAAAGUACAAGAAACAAAAGACAAACGAGAAUAAAUGCAUAUCUUCCAAGAGAAGUUGUCUCAAAGGAUGAGCAUGUUCUGUAUCAUUCCCAACUGCAGUCAGUAUCGUGCCAAGGACUCCGAUAUUUAAUGUUAAAAUGGAACUUAUUGAAGGGCAAUAUUGUUCCAAUCAACUUUUUUCAAGGCAUCUGGCUGGAGGAGACAAGCCAAUAGAAUCUGUCAGAUAUCUCACACUGCACAGACAUUUGAUGAACAAAACAAUGUUAAAUAUAGUUUGCUGAAAGUGGGAUAUUGACGGCUCGCUGGUGAAACCAAAAAGUAAUCAUAAUUUGCCUUGUACUUUGGCUUUUACUUUGCAUCUCCUGUGAUCAUUCAUCUGUGUUUCUUGAAGAGGUACAUUAUUUAUGCAUUCAAACUCAAAAAUAGUUUAUUGGUUAUUGCAUUUUCUUAUGGUUCCUCAGUAGUGGGAGUUUUAUGGCAGGAAGGAAAGCUUUGGAAAUGGGUCAUAAAGACAUUUGAACAAGAAAGUUACUACAGAACUCUUACUCCCCCUUGUCAGGAGAUACACGGUAUCAUUUAUCCAAAGUUCCUCAACCCAAUUUGAAGGUAAAAAAAAAUUGAGUUGACAUGAUAGUUAAAAACAAUAAUUAACAUUUUAACUUGUGUUCAAUUUUGCCAAACAACAGUAUUAAUUUUUCAGAUUGUUCUUCGAAAAUUUAAUUUUGCUAGCAACGUAUUUAUUUGCUUAGCUGUUUUUAUAUAAACAAUAAGGAAGGGGAGCUUCCCAAUAUCAGUAUUGAAAUACUGCUACACUUUUCUAAAACACCAUCCUGCUUUCCUGAACUCAGCAGAAUAGACUGCUGAAUGGAAUUUUUUUCUGAAUGGAAAUUUUCCAACUACAGCAAAACCUUGAUGUAGCAAACCAUUUGGCAAGGCAGGGGUGUCCUUUACCCAUGAAUGUUUGUUAAAUCUGAAUGUACAUUAUUUGAAUCAAUUUAUGACAGUUUAUAAUAUUUCAUAAUUACCAUAUUUUUCAGAGUAUAAGGCUCACCUUUCCCCCCCCCCCCCAAAAAAAAGAGGCUGAAAAUUUGGGUGUGUCUUAUACUCCAAAUGUAGCUUUUUCGAAGCUUUUUUUCAGCCCUAAUGAGGCACUAACGAGGCACUAGCGAACGAUCUUACCAGCUUUGCUCCCUCGACUCUCCCUGUGCUUUAACAAGGUGCUAGCGAGUGACGCAAUCUCCAUGCUUUGCUCCGACUCUCAGCUGUUCUUUAGAAGCUUUUUUUUCCAGCCCUAACUAGGCGCCGAGUGAAGCAAUCUCCCCCUGUGCUUUGCCUGUGCCAAGCAGGGGAUAAAAAACCAGCAAAAUAAUCUGCUGAAGCUGACCAGACUAAGGAUGCUAGCCAGAUGAAUAGGUAGGCAGAUUUUUUUUUUCCUAUUUUCCUCCCCAAAAACUAAGCUGCAUCUUAUGCUCCGGUGCGUCUUAUACUCUGAAAAAUAUGGUAUGUGUUAAGUAACGGGAAUAAAUUGAUAGAAUGACAUAAACUGACAGUAGUUAUAAAUGUAAGUGAAUUUAGCAGACUACUUCAGAUACAAUGGAUUUAAUCUCCUGCUUUGGAGAGAUGUUUGGAUGCAGAUUUAAAGUUUGUUAAAUCCAUUAAAUCGAGGUUUUACUGUACAAAGAAGCUUCCUUUGUCUUUUCUCUUAUCAAAUCUUGCAUGUAGAAAACGAACUGAAGGCUUAAUUUUCCACAUUUAUAUUUAGGAUAAGGUCCUAUUAUAUAUUCAUAUACAUUUCCAAGGACUGUUUGGCCCUCAGAACACCCAUAAUUAAUAAUAGCCAAGGCUCAGUGAGGUGUUGCCUAUCAUUUUUAAAUGUGGAGCAAUGGAAAAUGUAGGGGCAACCUUAGAAAAGAUUUUUAAAAUAUAAUUCUCUAAAUUAUAUGCAGAAAAUUUUAUGCAGAGAAAGAUCGAGAAAAAGUAGAAGUUUGAACUUUGAGCACAUCCCUUCUGCACUUUCAUCUCUUCCCCUAUGCAGCUUCUUGUCACUAGAAAAUUACCCAGCAUUAACAUAAAACAUGCAUUCUACGGAUCUGGCCAUUAUCAAUUCUUACAACAAUUUUCUCCAGGAGGAACUUGUCCUAACCUGGUCCUUCAGCUUUUCCAACAGUGCACUCCACCUUGCUCUCCUCAUUUUCUUCUUCUCUUUCCUUCCUCCUUUCCCAGUAUUAGAGCCUUCUUCAGAGAAUCAUAGCUUGCAUGAUUUUGAUCUUUGUAGAUAUAGACAUAUCAAGCAUUUGAAUACCUUUUCAAAUCUGCUAUGAAUGCUCUGCAAAGUGCUAGUCUGUGGCAUAUUUCUGGACUGUUUCUUUAUUUUGAUGGUUGAUCUUAAAAAGCAGAAAUUAUCUACCACUUUGAUAUCUUCAUUGUCAAUUAUAAGACUAACUGGUUUAUUUAUUGCAUUUGAUUGGGUUCAUUUAUAUUUUAUUGUAGUCUCAUUUUUCACUGUUCUCCUUGACUUUUAUUACUAGGGCUUGCAAAUCCUUUGCAUUUUGGCUAUUAGGGCAAUAUUAUCAGCAUAGCACUGGUUAUUGAUGUUUCUUCCUCCAGUUUUGAAUGUUAAUCUUCUUCCUAUCUAGCUGCUUAAUAUAUACUUGGCUUAUAGGUUGAGUAAAGAAGGAGAUAUAUACAGCCUUGUUGCAUUUAGUUGUCAACCUGGAGCCAGUCUGUUCCACUAUAUUCUGGCUGUAUUGUGGUUUCCUGAUCUUUCCAUAGGUUUCUCAUGAGAAUAAGAUGUUCUGAGGGUCCCAUUUUUCUUAGCACUUACUACAACUUGCUGUGAUCAACACCAUCAAAGAUUUUCUAUGAAGCACAUUGUGACUUCUUUUUUGUAUUCUUUGGCUUUCUCACUUCUGCAGCAUGAAUCAGCAAUAAUGUUCCUUGGUCUUUUCUAAAACAAGCUUGGACAUCUUUUUCAGUGUAGGGCUCGAAUCUGCAAUGAAUGAUCCUAAGCACUAUUUUAUUAGCAUGUGAAAUUAAAGAUAUUGUAUGAUAGUAUGCACUCUUUGUUAAAUCUCCCUUGUAUGGUAUUGGAAUGCAAAUGGACCUUUUGGCCAUGUUCAGUAGUUUUCCAGAUACACAUUUUCCAUUCCCCUCUUCUUUCCCUGGGAGCAUCUUUUGUUUUCUGUUAUUAAAAACUAGAAUUCAUAAGAUACCCAAAGGGCAAUCCAAGUAGAAUUCCUCAUGACCAAAACUGAUAUUGUUCAGAUUAUAAAGCAGCAAACUAUUAUUUCCUUGUUUCUAAUAAUAUUCUAAUACCUCGCUAAACUGAGGGUUUAAAGGGCAGUUGGUGAAAAUCCUGCCUUAGUUUUGGAUUUUGAUGUGCUUGGGGAGUAUUACAUAUCUAUGCCAUUAUAUAUCUUGUUAUCUUAUGCAUUGUGCUGGCAACGUGAGGGCAGCAACUCAUUCAAUUAGGAAUAUCUUAAACAUAAUUAUAAUAGCUUGUGCUAUUUUGCCAAGUUCUGGCUUUCAAUUUCAAGGAGAACAUUUAGCUCCAUUAGAAAGCCUACUCAUGCCCCACUUUCUAAAAUAUUGACUUUGGCCCUGCUAGCUAAAACUACAAUCAUUCAGCUACUGUUACUGAACCAUGAAUGUGGGACACCUAUUUUUUCAACGUAGGCUUGCUUCCUUUAAAAAGUUAUAAGAUAUGAAGUGGUGGUGUGCAGUUCUUCAUACCUAGAAUGAGAUGCUUCAUAUGUGCCUGCAUGUGCAUUUCCAGUACCUAAGAAUUUAGGAAAUAUUUCCUUCUGUUUGAGGGAGAGAAAAAAGAUACAAGCACUUCAAGAAAGGAAGGGAAAAAUAUUGAUCAUGGCUCACUGGCCUCAUAUUUAUUCAGAUUCUUAGUUUUUGCCAGCAAUCUAACCUCUAAAGAUAUAUCCUUUGUUUCGCCUCCAGGCUGGUGCCUUCCAAAGUAUAGUACUAGGUCCCAUAAUGACAAGCCCAACAUUAAUAGCACAUUGACGAGAGUACCAAUUUGAUACCUAAUGCUCCUUUGAACACCAUUUCAAUAGCUAUACUUUCUUCAACCUUAUAGUUUGUGCAUUUUAUACAAAUUAAGAGUUAUUCCCAUUUUACUACAAACUCACCGUAUUUUGGGGAAAAAUCGUUAAAUCUAAAAUAACCCCACCCACAUAUAUUGAGCUUUUUUCAAAAACGUUAGAGAAAUCAUUUAUUUUGACACGAAACUCUGAAAGAGAGUUUAGCAAAGAACCUUGCCCCUGGUUAACUUGCCAACAUGGUAACUUAUACAUAUAUUGUUUUGACAUUUCAGAAAUUUUCCAGAAUUGGAAUUUGCUUCUCCUGCCUAUUAAUCUUCAGAAAUUCUAAAUCAAUCAAUCAAUCAUGCAUUAUAAGAUGAUACAGGUGUUAUAGUUAGGGUGUAAUUAUGAGGCUAUCAAUUUAUGUAAAACACUGCCAAAUGUAAGAAACACUUCAAUUCACUGUUCCAUACCCAUAGUAUUAACAUAUAAGAAACAGCUUGUUGAUUCAGGUCAAGGUCCAUCUUAAUUCAAUAUUUUGUUUUCAUGGUGGCCAGCUAGAUACUUAUAAAAUAGUUACUCAUAAAUAGCAGAUAUGAGAUGCCCUUCUAGAGUUGUUUCCCCAGAAUUCAUGGACAGAUCUUUCAAUCGCUCUUAAUUAUAAAAAAACCCUCAAUGUUACCUUUCAGAUGGGGCAUUUGAAUGUAUGCAAUACUUUUUAAAGGCGAUCCAAAAUAGUUGUCAUCAUCACACUUUACGGAGAUUGUCUAUUCUGACUAGCAACAACUCACUGGUGAUGUGAAGCAUUCUGCUAGUCCUUCAAUUUAAAAAGUUUUUAUAAAUUCGAAACAUCUGAGAAUUAAUUUGAGAUUUCAUGCAGGUGCACAAAAUAUGAUCCCUUCAGAGCCAUCAUCAAAUAACUCUGCCCUGCAGAUUAAGAAACCAAGAUUAAAAUGACUUUAGACAAAAUUCAGUCUGGGAAUUUAAAUGUUUUUAACCAAACAGUCAUGUCUUGAACCUGUGAAAUGCAUUAAUAUCUCUGCCAUAUAGUUAUAGAUUGGAGUCCGGAGGCAUAAAUGCAAAGAAAAAAGGGGCAAAUCUCAUAAAUUAAGCAGAGGUGGCAGAAUUCAGAAGUUCUCCCCCUUCACAAUAAAAUGUGUAACACUGUGAAAUGAUAGGCCAUUCAUUGUUUUAUAAGAAAGCAGAUGCUUCAUUGCAAGGAGUUUACAUCUGUCUUUCCUGGGCAUUAAAUUUUUAAAAAGGGGAAAUGCAAAAUAGUCUAAUUCCUAGUAAUGCAUAUUGUUAAUGAUUGUUUAUUUUCAUCUCAUUUUUCUUUCUGUUUUGGAUAACAUGAAAACUAAAAAAGAAAAGCAGAAUAAUGUAUCUAGUGUUGUGUAUUAGUAUUUUCCCAAUGUUUUUCUACUUGUAUUUUGUUCAAGAAAUCCUGUUGUCAUCCAACUCUAUUGUGUUUGGUGCAGUAGCAUGUUGCCACUUUUCAAAAACAUGAAAAAGUUUUUCCUUGCUUGGAGAGGAGAUACAUAUGAAUGUAUGUAUAUAUGAAUAAUAGGAAGAUAUGUGCCCUAAUCCUGGCUUUAAAAAUGCUAAGUUUUCAGAUAUUUGUAUCAUGUUCCUUCGCUUAUUGUCUUAUGAGGAUAUAUGGGAUGCUCUCUUCUCUCUUCCACAUAAGAGAUCAAUAAAAUUUUUACAUCAACUUAUUCUGAUAUAAAUAAGAUAGUAUUCUCCAUUUAGAAGCUUCCUCCUUGAGAGCUAAUGGAGUAUAAUGAAUGACCCAGAGAUUUGACCUGUGAACCAUGCAUUCUUAUCUAUGACACAGACAUUGCAGGUAGCUUUAGACAAAUCACAGCCUCUUGACUCCAGAGCCUCACCUGUAUGAGGGAGAUCAUAACAAUGCUGACUUACAAUAUAGGGUUACUUAUGAAUUCCAAGACAUUGUCUGAGGAGCCCUGAAGUCUGAAAAGUACUAUAAAGCCAUGGUAGAUUUCCCACUUACUUAUAUUGUUUUACUGCAGUUUACUUUCCCAUUUGUGUUGAUCUGAAAAAACAUUUUGGAUAGCAGGAAGAGAACUGAAUCAGUGUAAAAAGAAAAGUUGGAAAAAAUGGGUUAUCUGGGGUGCUCAGAUAACAAUGAGAAAGGCAAAUUAUAUCCCUAGAAAAGUUUGGGUGGGGGUCUUUCAUGCUCUUAUUUAAAAGCAUGUGGAAGAUGGACAGUUGUGUGGUGUGUAAAUAUGUCAUGGUAGAAUGUAUUUUAAGACUGUUGUAAACAGCUCCAAAAGAAUUUCUCCAGGUAGCAAAGCAGUCUUUUUUGUAUUCUAACAUUCAAGCCAGAAUAUUUUGCUUGUGCUUGGAUUUAAAGAAACCAACUUUGCGUCAAACCCUUUGCUUAUAACCGUGGCUACAUUCAUAAAAUAGAUUGUUAACACCUAAGCAACAUACAGAUGAGAUAAAAAUUGGAUAAACAAAAAUCAUCGCUUUUUUAAAAAAACACUUACAAAUGUUAGCAUUUCCUUGGGGUGAAAGACGAAUAAAUCUAUAUAUUUCCCAUACUUCUUGCCCCAACUCUCAACUAUUUCUAUUGAAUGCUACAGGUAGUCCUUGAUUUACAACCACAAUUGAACGCAAAAUUUCUGUUGGUGAGCGACAUAGUUGCUAAAUGAAUUUUGCCCCAUUUUAUGACCUUUCUUGCCACCGUUGUUAGGUGAAUUUCUGCAGUUGCUAAAUUAGUGACAUAGUUAUUAAGUGAAUCUGGCUUCCCCAUUGAUUUUGCUUGUCAGAAGUUCGCAAAAGGUGAUCAUAUGACCCCAGGACUCUGCAACCUUCAUAAAUACGAGUCAAUUGCCAGGCGUCUGAAUUUUGCUCACAUGACCCAUGGGCAGGGGUGGGUUCUACUUACCUUUACUACCGGUUUGCAACGAGGCCGCGCGCAUGUGCUCACUUCUCUUUCACGUGCAUGUGCUCUUCUGCGCAUGUACAGAAGCAUUUUCAUGACAUUAGGGUCAGUGGGCAGGGCCUCCCGCCGGUUUUACUACCAGUUCAAUAGAACUAAUGCAAACCGGGGGCAACCCACCACUGCCCGUGGGGCUACUGCAACAAUCAUCAGUGUGAAAAACGGUCACAAGUCAUUUUUUCCAGUGCCUUUGUAACUUCGAACGGUCAUUAAAUGAACUGUUUUAAGUCAAGGACUACAUGUACUGGCAAAAUUUAAGUGACACAUUGAAUGGAAAGCAUAUUUCAGUUGACAUUUUUCCAUGAGUGUCACUCACGAUUUCAUACAGUCUAAUAUAAUUAAAAAAUGAACAGCAUUUUGCAAUAUAAAGUUAUAGUAUGUGUUAUUAUGGCCCUAUGUAAUUACUUUGUGUGUAUGUUUGUAUAUAUUUAUAUGUACAUUUGUUUUGUAAUUUGUAUUGUUUUGCCUCAUUCAUUAAAAUACAUUAGUUCGGUUUCAUUUACAUCCACACCACAGCUUUUCACAUUUAAAUAAAAAUGCAAUUUGUAUUCAGA